AUGAAAGAUAUCAGGGAUUUGCUGAUGGCCAAAGCUGCCGAGAAGCAAGUGAAGGAGAAGCACCAAUUGCUCAAGCGAUCAUCCUCUCCAUCACACGAGGAUCUAUUUGAAUGCACAAAAAAGAGACCAAAUUCAAACUUGAGCACCUUUGCAGUGGGAGACAAAUAUGCCCCUAUAUUUAAGUUUGGUCAAUUCAACAAAAUGCAAACAAGUGCCUUUCCCAUGUUGUUCCAGGACUCUGAUAAUUGUGUGAUUGCAAGCCCGACUGGAUCCGGAAAAACCGUGCUAUUCGAAUUAGCGAUCAUCAGAGCGUUGAAAGAAAAUAGCAAAGCCAAAAUCUUGUAUCUCGCUCCUUUGAAAGCACUGUGCAGUGAGAGAGUCUCGGAUUGGUCGCAUAAAUUCGGCAAGUUUGACGUAUCAGUUGGAUUGCUCACAGGAGACUCAACCUUGGUAGAAAUUCAGAGAGCGAGGAGCUGCAAUAUUAUAAUCUCGACUCCAGAAAAAUGGGACUCGUUUACACGACAAUACAAGGACCGAGAGAAGUCGUUGUUACCCUUGAGUUUAAUUCUACUAGACGAGAUACACAGUAUCAAGGAGAUUAGGGGCGCCAUUUUGGAAGCAGUCGUAACCCGGAUGAAAUACUCUUAUCCCAAUAUUCGGAUCAUCGCAUUAUCUGCUACCAUCCCUAACAUCGAAGAUAUUUCCAAAUGGCUUAGAAAACCAGGAAAACCUAUGGCUACCACCCUAAGGUUUAAUGACUCGUACCGGUCUGUCAAGCUGACUAAGACUGUUCUAGGAUUCAAUAAAAAAUUUACGACAAAUGAGUUCCAGUUUGAAGCGUUUCUCACAUCAAGACUGCCGACCGUAAUCCAAAAUUAUGGGAAUAAAAAGCCUGUUCUCGUCUUCUGUGCAACACGAAAAAGCACCAUAACGACUGCAAAAGUGUUGAGCACAAAACUUGGAUCCUACUUUCCACAGAAACCUCCUAUCACCGACCGACUGCAACCGCAGCUAAUUGAUCUGAUCAACAACGGAGUUGCUUAUCAUCAUGGGGGAUUAUCUUCAGAGGAGAGAAGGGUGAUUGAAAAUGGCUUUCUUUCUGGAAGAAUAAACGUCAUCUGCUGUACAUCAACAUUGGCAGCAGGGGUCAACUUGCCAGCCUACUUAGUCGUUGUCAAAGGGACAAAAACGUGGACUAAUGGUAGCUUACAAGAAUAUUCUGAUUUGGAGGUUUUACAGAUGAUUGGAAGGGCUGGAAGACCACAAUUCGAAAACGAGGGUGCUUGUGUUAUCAUGACUCAAUCAGCCGAGAAAUCAAAAUAUGAAAAACUUAUUCAUGGAACUGAAGAAGUGGAGAGCUCCUUACCGUUCAAAUUGAGCGAAAUCCUUCUUAGAGAGGUGGCCUCAGGUCAAAUCCGUAAUGCUCAGAGUUCAAUUGAAUGGGUGAGAACUACAUUCUUUUAUCAGCGUUAUCUUGCUAGUCCAUACUCCUACGCUACUGUGGUGAAACCAAUAAUGUACAAGAAGCCCAAUCAAUGUUUAGAAAUUCUCUUACACAAGAGAAUGAAAGAAUUAUGGGAUGGGGGCUUGAUUACUAUUCAACAAGGCAAGAUUGCUUGCUCUGGUUAUGGCAAUACAAUGCUGAGAAAUUGCCUAUCGCUGGACACUAUCAAAUACCUCUUGACACUCAAACAUAUUGAACAGGACAAAUGUUUGGACCUCCUGAGUCAAGCACCUGAAUUUGAGAAUCUUGAAUAUCGAUCCUUGGAAAAACCCCUUUUUCGCAAAAUGAAUCAGAGUCAAUUUAUUAGACACAAAUUUGAAGGCGAAGUUGAGGAUGUUUGGCAGAAAGUGCACCUGGUUGUGCAAUUCGAGCUCGGCUGUCUCGACUAUCCAUCUCAUCCUAGCUUCAAGGAUCUACGGUUCAAUUUCAACUUUGACAAAGCAAAUAUCUUGAGGCAAAUGUCGAAUAUCAUAAACGCUGGGAUCUCAAUCUUUGAAGAGAAAGCAGACGCAAUUAGCGUCAAGUCCAUGUUAUAUUUGGGAAGGUGUUUAAGUGCGAAAGCAUGGGAGAACACUGCAUUAGAACUGACUCAAAUAGAAGGGGUUGAUAAAACUUGCGCAAAACUAUUUGAAGCCAGCAAUAUUCACUCUAUUAAAAAAGCAGCAUCACUCUCCAAAGAGAACUUUGACCAACUGGGCAUCAAAAAUUGUGCCAGAAUAUACAAUCAUCUGAAAUUAUUUCCUCGUAUUCACCUAAAAGCUCAGAUCAAGCGGAAUGGUCCAGCUGGUGAUCUUUUGAGCAUUUCAAUAGCGAUCACUACACGAAUUACAGACAUUAAAAACUACGACAGCUCACAGUGUGCGAUUUUAGUUUAUGCUAAGAAUACAUACAAGCUCAUCAGAUUUAUCAAAAUCCCACUCCGCCAAAUAAACCAGCAGAUGAAAAUUGAUUUGCAGAUGAAUGCUCGAUUAAGUGAAGAGAUUGUUAUCCAUGCAAAUUUCACCGAUAAGGUCGGAUCAGGGACAGAGAUAUCUCUAUGCUAUUCGCAACCAAUCGAAGAAAGCGAUUUUUCAGAUGAUGAGGAUCUAGAAUUGAUGCUGAAUGAAAGAGAGAAGCGAAAAUGUGAAAAUCAAACUCAAAAAAAUGCUAAGAGACGGCGAGAAACUUCUUUGAGAAUGUUUGAAGACCGAAUGUUCACUGGAAGAGAACCAGAGGACUUCUCCAUGCUAAAUGAGACACUUGAGAAAUCUAACGGAGAUAUUUAUUAG